AUAGAUUAAACACAUACUAUAAAUAAGCCUAAUUCGAUAGAUGUCAUAAGGGUGAAGUCGGACUUCUAGCUUUGUUCUAUAACCCGGCCAUAAUUUGUAUAUGCACCUAACCCAUGGCACAGCUCGCAUAGAACAACCAUUGCUUUUGUGGAUCCUGCUUCAUCUAGUUGAGAUGGUUACAUACUUCAUUAAGAUGGCUCAGAGCCUUCAGGAACACUACAACAAUCGAACCUUAUCUUCGGCAUACGUCGUUGCAAGUUGAUCCUUUUGUCUAUCCCAUAUUGCUCCGGUACUGAGUCAAUGGGUACAGAUCUUGAGCACGU